AUGGAGACGUCGAUAGAUUUCAGUGCUUUGUUUAUCGCCACGGAUACACCCGGAAAGUUUCAGAUUAUACCGAACUUGGCAUUCCAAUAUAAAGAUAUACCUCUCGCUGAAUUUGGGCUGAAACUCGUGUAUCCAGGGUAUUUAGGAAUACUAAAUUGCAAGUACAGGUUCUGUUAUGCUUUAGCACCAGUUGACAACAUGCCUACUGUAAAAAAUGUUCACGAGGAAGCACAGAAACUCGGAUUCAAAGGUGAUUUCAACCGGUCCUACUUACUGGAAGAGCAAAUGACGCCGCACCUGUCAAUAUUUGAAGACGACGAUAUCGAUAGAGACCCAGAAGAACUUUAUGAUGAGGAUGGUGAAGAUUAG